AUGAAACACACUCUCUACACAAAUCUGCUGAAUUCUAUACUUUGUGUUUCAGCAGCCAUCAUAAAUGACCCUAGAACAGUGUCAAACCAAAAGUACGAUUACAUCAUCGCAGGCGGAGGCCUCACGGGCCUUACAACAGCUGCACGCUUAACACAGGACAAGAGAAUCAGUGUAUUGGUAAUCGAAAGCGGCUUCCUACAGUCCAAUCGAGGUCCGCUAGUUGAUAAUGUCACUGCAUUUGGUCAAGCCUUCGAUAGCACCCUUGAUUACGGCUUUCAAACCGUGUCACUGGAUAUCAACGGGCGCCCCCUAACAAUCCACUCAGGCAACGGUCUCGGUGGGUCGACCUUGAUCAAUGGAGCGUCUUAUACUAGCCCGGCUAGUAUUCAGAUCGAUUCCUGGGAGACACAUCUAGGGAAUCACGGAUGGAACUGGAAAAACCUCUCUUCGUAUAUUCGCAAAGCUGAACGCGCUCGUCAUCCAACACAAGAACAAAUCAAAGCAGGACACUAUUUUGAUCCUGAAUGUCAUGGUACAAAUGGGGAGAUCCAUGUUGGCGCUCGCGAUACGGGUACUCCAUACUCGCCAAUGAUUCGGUCGGUGAUGAAGAUGCUUGCUGGUCGUGGGAUUCCUACGCGCAAUGAUCUCAGUUGUGGUGAUCCUCGUGGGGUAUCGAUGCUGCUCAACACGAUACAUGAGAAUCAGACCCGGUCGGAUGCUGGCCGUGACAUACUACUCCCCAUCAUGCACCGGCCAAAUUUAUUGAUUCUCGUGGGUCAUCGGGUUGGUCGAGUCCUGAUCGAUAUGCAUAUCUCGCCUGUGUCUGCAAAAGGAGUGGAAUUUGGAACCGAUGGAGAGAAAUUUGAAGUAUACGCAAAACAUGAUGUUAUUUUGGCGGCCGGGGCUCUUAUUAGCCCUCUGAUUCUAGAAUAUUCCGGGAUUGGACUCAAAUCCGUCUUAGAUGCGGCAGGUGUUCCUCAUAUUGUUGAGCUUCCCGUUGGACAAAAUCUUCAGGACCAAGCGACUACUUCUCUGUCGACAGCCAUACACCCGAAUGGUGCAGGGCAAGGGCAGGUGGUUUAUUUUGCAACGUGGAAGGAGGUUUUUACAGCGACUUCUCUUGAUACCGCUCGUGGGCUAUUAGAUUCUCAGCUGGAUCAAUGGGCUCAAGAAACCGUGUUGAAAGGCGGGUUCGAGAAUGUUACAGCACUGAAAUUACAAAUGGAGCUCUAUCGUGACUGGGUUUUAAAUCACAAUGUGGCAUACGCGGAACUAUUCAUGGAUGCGAGCCUAUCUACCUUUGGGCUUACGAGCUGGAUACUUCUGCCUUUCACGAGAGGCUAUGUGCAUAUUGUUAACAAGGAUCCGUAUCUUUGGCAGGCAACUCGAAACCCAAGAUAUAUGGAGAAUGAUCUUGAUAGGUAUGCACAGGCAGCUGCCUCUUUACUAGCGAGAAAUAUCGCUCAGGACAAUGCCAUGCAGCAUUACGUCCGAGAAGAAACCUUUCCUGGCUCAGCAAUUUCUCAAAAUGCCACGAUGGAUAAUUGGGUAAGUCAUAUCACCCAGAAUUUCGGCCCUAAUUACCACGCUAUUGGAACAUGUGCGAUGAUGGAGAAGAAUCUAGGAGGAGUAGUAGAUCAUUCUGGUCGGGUUUAUGAUGUUCUGAAUCUCCGCGUGGUUGAUGCUUCGAUUGUGCCUACUCAGGUUUCUGCACAUACGUCUGCGUUGCUUUAUGGAAUGGCAGCACGACUAUCUGAUAUAAUUCUUGCUGAUUAUCAUAAAUGA